AGAUGAACUUCUAUAUACUUAUUAAACAUGUCGAUGCUUCCCCCAGCCGCAGUGUUUCGUUUCCCCUGGGAAGUGAACUCCGUGAAGGAAGGAGAAUCAGUGCGGACAUUCGGCAGGCUUGUCUGUUACCAGCCAGAUGAAUCCAGGGCCACCCUGACAGCCCAGCAUGCGUCCAAAGAGCACCCUGUGCUUGUCCACACACAGUUUGUUGAGCCAUUUAACCCAAUCAUUGGAGCCCAGUACCUGGUUUUGGGGGAGACAGAAAAUUAUGAAGGGGUUGGUGUGGUGGUUCGUGCCCGUGUGCUGAACUGUGUUGACGGUGUAAACAUUGCACUUCUGCAGAAGGCUGUCACUGAGCAACGUAGCUUCUUCACUGAGAGGGAGUGCAAACAGCCAGAGGUGACACCUCCAGAAGAUGUAACCUGAUAAAGGCCUUCAUCCCAUAAUGCUGGCAAGGAUGCAGUGCUGUUCAAUGACUUUUGUAUUUUUCUUAGCUUUAUCAGUCAGUUUGGGACUGUAACCAAAAAUCUAAUAAGUUUGACAGUAUCUAGUACUAGAUGUUUUCAUAUUAAAUAAAGUCUCCAGAAGACACAUUGAG